AUGGAAGAUAAGAGAGGUCGAACCAAGAAAGCUAACCGAGAACGCGGCUCUAGGCGAGGCCGUGAGGGUGAGCAAGUACAGGAACCGGUGCCUGAACCGAGAGAGGAGAGGGAAGCAGCGGUUGAGCAGCAACCUGAACCCCAGAAUGCCGGGGGAGAUCAGGUGGCCACUGCUAUCCAACAGAUGACCAAUAUUUUAGCCCGAUUGGUGGAACAACAGGGUCAAGGUCCUGUUCAAUUUGCUGUAUUUCAGUUCGAAGGGCCAGCUAGGGCCUGGUGGAACGUAGUAAGGGCCAAAUGGGAGAGAGAAGGAACUGCGUGGACUUGGCUAAACUUUGUGCGGGAUUUUAAUGAGAAAUAUCUUCCUCCUAUUGUCCAGGAGAAGCGAGAGGACGAUUUCAUUAAACUUCGUCAAGGAAUGAUGAGUGUAACUGAGUAUGAGACUCAGUUUACCAAAUUGUCUAAAUUUGCUCCCGAAUUGAUUGCUACGGAGCCAAGGAAAGUACGGAGGUUCAUACAAGGGCUAAAUGUGGAAUUACAGGAAGCCUUAGCGGCAGCCCAGAUCAAUACGUUUACGGAGGUCUUGGAAAAGGCCCAAAGGAUAGAAACUGCCAGGACCCACGUGAAGAAUUUCCACGCCAAGCGAAAAGGAGGAUCUAGUGGAAUUCAAGGGUCUGUGCGUAGUGAUCAAAAUGCACCACCUGCCAAGUCUGGUCGUGGGGCUGGAGGUGGACGGUUUUCGGGUACAUUUAAGGGAAAUGCUCCGAGAGGAGGUACCCAGAGAGGAGGUGCCCAAAGGGGAGGCCCAGUUGGUAGAGGACAAGGAAGAGGAAUUCCACAGGGAGGCCAGACCUCUACUCCCCGAGUAACAUGUGGAUACUGUGGAAAACCGAACCAUACUGAGGAUGAAUGUUGGAGAAAGGCUCGGAAGUGCCUAAGAUGUGGAAGUACGGAGCAUCAGAUAGUCAACUGCCCGUUGAUUAGUGAUACCCAAUCGACUGCCAGGUCAAACCCAAAGCCGACCAAUGCUGGAGGGGCUAGGUCGAGGGUUCCGGCUAGAGUUUAUUCGCUGGACCAACAAUCCGUGCCUGAACCAACGGAGGUGGUAGAAGGUACGAUUCCUGUUUUUCACCGAUUGCAAGAUGAAAGUGGUUGA